AUGCCCAAGAUGGGUUUGAUCAGUACGAUUCGAAAGCGACACCAAGAACGCAAAGACAAGAAGAAGGCAGUUCGCCAGACCGCACAACGGAACGAGCAGUCCCAAUCCGAUACCGCUGAACCACAUAUCGAACCCACAACACCUACCCCAGCCCAGCAUCUCCCCUUCACAGGCCCCACGCGAUUCUUCUCCCUCCGCCGCAAACGCGGCGUAAGCAUCGGCAUGUCCACCUACGAGCAACUCCCCGACGGCGUAGAACCCGCACUCAUCGACCACUCCUGCCACCUAAUGCAACAUCCCAGCGGCGAAGAGCUACCCCGUAAAUCCCCCUUCGCCACACCCCCACACGCCGACGUAGCCACAACCCCAAACCAAGACACCAGUCCCAAAACCUGGCUCAGCCGCGUAGGCGGCUCCCUCCGCCGCAAGCCAAGCGGCAUACGCUCAGCGUUCUCCUACACACUGCCGCGGAACUGGAAAACCAACAACAACAACAACAACAACACCAACAAUACCGGUGUCAGUGCAAAAGCCCUCGCAGAGACAGCGCACGAGUACAAAAAGUCCCAAAUCCAACGUCUCGAUCCCAGCGCCAUCGACGCCGCCAACGACGACGGCCGUGGCCGAAGUCCCCUCCCGCACCACUGGCGCUCGGAGCAAUCCAGUUCCUCGGUCUCACACUCACGCGAUGGAGUCGUGAACAGGAUGAGCGAUACUACUACUAAUACUACCAUGGGAGGAAGCGAGAUGGGGGAUUGGAUUGACCCGGAUGAGGAGACGAGGGAGCAGGAGUUUGAGGAUUGGAUCGUGCAUAAUCGGUUGUUUGUUGAGGGGGAGGGGCUUGAUGGGGCGAGUAGAAGGGUGUCGAGGGUGAGUGCGGUGUCGAAGAGGAGGUAUAGUGAUUAUUAG